CAAAGUAUGGUGAGAAGUUGUUUCUGUAGAAGGAAAAGUAUAUUCCUACAACUUAACACAAGAAUUUUCAUUCAAAAGAUAGAAACAUCAAGAAAAAACAAGGUCUAGAAACAGCUUCUACACUACCUAAGGGCCAUCACAAACACCCUGAAGUCUCUUUAAUUUUUUUGGAAUUCUGAUAGCUCAUAGCUGUUUUGUGGAAAUGAACAGCUCAACCAACCAAGAUAUGGCGGUUUCCUUUGAGCAUAGUGAGGAUGAUUAUUAUGAUCUUGAAGACUAUGACAUGGAUGAAUCUCACUACUUCUAUGUUAUAAAUGCAAUUUUGAGUGGGACAGCUAGGCUCAAUAUUCUCUUACCAACAGUGACCACUCUAGCCUUCAGCAUUUUUGCACCUAUCCUAACCAAUGAUGGCGAAUGCAGCAUUCUGAAUCGCUGGUUGACGGGCAUCUUUCUAUUUAUGUUGGCAGUGUCUUGUGUUUUCUUCACCUUCACCGACAGCUUCAAAACGGCCACUGGCAGGUUGUACUAUGGAGUGGCAACAUUUAGAGGGAUAUGGACUUUUUGCGGCGGCAGGAAGAAACCUUGCGUGCCAUCAGAUUACAGGCUUACUUGGUCUGAUUUUUUCCAUGCAUCACUGUCUUUGCUCUCUUUUCUUGCCUUUGCAGGUUUGCACUAUGAUGUUGUGAAAUGUUAUUAUCCGGGAAUGCCUAGGAAGGUGACCAACACUCUUCCCCUUGUGGUUGGUUUUGUAGUUAGCAUCCUUUUUGUAGUGUUUCCUUCAAAGAGGAGAGGGAUUGGUUAUCCAUUUUUGCUGCAAUCAGAUCCUAUGUACUCCAGACAUUGAAGCAUAUUUUUGUUUCUGCACUGACCAUGCAGAAUCAGAAACCUGAAUUUCACCUCUGCUCAGAGAUUU